AUGAGGAAGCAGAGCGCGCGCACCGCCGCGCUGGUCCUGUGCAUCCUCUCCUACCUCCUGGUGGGCGCCGCCGUCUUCGACGCGCUCGAGUCCGAGGCGGAGAGCGGCCGCAAGCGGCUGCUGGCCCAGAAGCGGAGCGAGUUGCGGAGGAAGUACGGCUUCUCGGCCGAGGACUACCGCGAGCUGGAGCGCCUGGCGCGGCAAGCCGAGCCGCACCGCGCCGGCAGCCAGUGGAAGUUCGCCGGCUCCUUCUACUUCGCCAUCACCGUCAUCACCACCAUCGGGUACGGCCACGCCGCGCCGGGCACGGACUCGGGCAAGGUCUUCUGCAUGUUCUACGCGCUCCUGGGCAUCCCCCUGACCCUGGUCACCUUCCAGAGCCUAGGCGAGCGGCUGAACGCGCUGGUGCGGCGCCUCCUGCUGGCGGCCAAGCGCUGCCUGGGCCUGCGGCGGCCGCGCGUGUCCCCCGAGAACAUGGCGGUGGCCGGGCUGCUGGUGUGCGCGGCCACCCUGGCGCUCGGGGCCGCCGCCUUCGCGCACUUCGAGGGCUGGACCUUCUUCCACGCCUACUAUUACUGCUUCAUCACCCUCACCACCAUCGGCUUCGGCGACUUUGUGGCGCUGCAGAACGACGAGGCGCUGCAGAGGAAGCCGCCCUACGUGGCCUUCAGCUUCCUGUACAUCCUCCUGGGGCUCACGGUCAUCGGCGCCUUCCUCAACCUCGUGGUCCUGCGCUUCCUGGCGGCCGGCGCGGACGCGCCUGAGCGCGCUGCCCGCCCGCUCCGCCGGGGGGCGCCCGAGAGCCGAGCCCCGGCGCAGCGCGUCGGCCGCAUCUCCAUCUCCUGCCGCCUGCACCCGCUGGAGCUGUGCGCCCGCGACAAUCCCGGCUUCUCGCCCCCCGCCAGCCCCGGGGCUGGGGGCGGCGGCAGAGCCGGCAGGCCCCCGGCCCGGCGGAAGUCCAUCUGA